UGAAGGGAAGGCUCCAACUUAUUGGUCGAAUGAGAGACAGACCGGAAUCUUUCAGAGGUCAUUCCACUUCCCAGGAAGAAUUGAUUCUGGUAAUGUAAAAGCAAAGUAUAAAAACGGCAUUCUGUCGAUUUUAAUUCCCAAGGCUAAGAAAAAUGGUGUUAAGAUUAAUAUUGAGGAAGAGAGCUGA